ACGUGGCCCCUCCGGGUCUGUUUCUCCAUCUGGCAAAUGGGCUUCCUGCACCGCCGGUCGCGUGAGCCUAGGCAGGGGGCUUGACCUCUCUGAACCCCAGCUGUAAAGUGAGGCCCAAUGUCCUAGCCUGUAGGCACCUAGUGUUGUGCCCGGUGCGUACUGAGCGCUCAGUGAAUGGAAGCAGCUUUAUACUCCAACACGAUGGUGAGCGCCAAGGAGCCCAGAUGUGCGGAUGAGCAGGUGGAACUGCACGUUCAUCUAGAUGGAGCCAUCAGACCCGAAACCAUCUUAUACUAUGGCAGGAAGAGGGGGGUCAGGCUUCCAGCCAACACGGCGGAGGAGCUGCAGAAUGUCAUCGGCAUAGACAAGCCGCUCACCCUCCCGGGCUUCCUGGCCAAGUUCGACUACUACAUGCCGGCUGUCGCGGGCUCCCGGGAGGCCAUCAAAAGGAUCGCCUACGAGUUUGUAGAGAUGAAGGCCAAGGAGGGUGUGGUGUACGUGGAGGUGCGCUACAGCCCGCACCUGCUGGCCAACUCCAAAGUGGAGCCUGUCCCCUGGAACCAGGCCGAAGGGGACCUCACCCCAGACGAGGUGGUGGCCCUAGUGGGCCAGGGCCUGCAGGAGGGGGAGCGAGACUUCGGGGUCAAGGCGCGGUCCAUCCUGUGCUGCCUGCGCCACCAGCCCAACUGGUCCCCCGAGGUGGUGGAGCUGUGCAAGAAGUACCGGCAGCACACCGUGGUGGCCAUCGACCUGGCGGGAGACGAGACCCUCCAAGGAAGCAGCCUCUUGCCCGGCCACGUGCAGGCCUACGAGGAGGCCGUGAGGAGCGGCAUUCACCGCACCGUCCACGCCGGGGAGGUGGGCUCGGCUGAGGUGGUGAGAGAGGCUGUGGAUGUACUCAAGACAGAGCGGCUGGGACAUGGCUACCACACCCUGGGAGACAAGACCCUUUACGACAGGCUGCGGCAGGAAAACAUGCACUUUGAGGUCUGCCCCUGGUCCAGCUACCUCACUGGUGCCUGGAAGCCGGAAACGGAGCACGCGGUCGUUCGGUUCAAAAAUGACCAGGCUAACUACUCGCUCAACACAGAUGACCCGCUCAUCUUCAAGUCCACCCUGAAUACCGAUUACCAGAUGACCAAACAGGACAUGGGUUUUACCGAAGAGGAGUUUAAGAGACUGAACAUUAAUGCAGCAAAGUCCAGCUUCCUCCCGGAAGAUGAGAAGACAGAACUUCUCGACUUGCUCUAUAAAGCCUACGGGAUGCCAUCUUCAGCCGCUGCAGAGAGGCAGCACCCCUGAAGACGCCACGGCCACCUCUCCGAGCCCGUACCCCGUGGAGUCUACACAACUCUGUGGGGUCAAGCAACCCCUGCGUUUAUUCCUUCCAAGAAGACUAUGAUGUUGAUAGUCAGCUACUACUGCUCUUGAAGCCCGUGCGCCCGUUUCGGUACACACAUAUACCUCGGCAUGGCCACAUCUCUCCUCUGAUUACGUGCCCUUCUCAGGGACCAGGGCCCUUGCUGGUGGGCAUGGCUGAAUCUGAAACCCUCCUUCUAUGGCAACUUGUACUGAAAAUCUGGUGCUCAAUAAAGAAGCCCAUGGCUGGUGUCAUGCA